AUGGAACAGGACAAGCUGACAGAGCAGACCGCAGAGAACUGCACCGCAUUAGAGCACGAACCUGCGGCGAUCAACGUUCGUCCGCGCAGAGUAACUACACUCUCAGCAAAAGCUACAGAGAAUUAUGAAGCGAGCUGCGAACAGCAUCGCCGUAGAACAGACGCUGCAUGGGAGUGCGUCGAGGCGGCCAUCCUCAAGCUAUCCAACGCGCACGAAGAGGCUGUCGACAUUAUCGCUGCGCAGCUUCGUUCAAGCUAUGAGCGAUACAAGAAGAUCUCCGACAAGUACACUGCUUUCUUGACCGCUACGGAGACGCAGGCAAGUCGGAAAGAGCUCGACAUGUUAAGUGCGAUAGACGCGGAUCGAGACAUGAUAGUGAAAGAGAGGCUUCGAGAGACCACGGAGCAAGCGCGCAACCUCAGAGAGGAAACUGCGUCGAAGCGCUCGCUAUCGGAGGAGUUAGAUCUACUUAUCAAGUGGCUCGGCCCAAGGUCUGCGACACAGGCACAAAGGCUCAAGUCUGUGCACGUGGAAGAUUUUGCAGCGGGUUUGAACACCGUGUGGAAGAGGCUAGACGGCACCUAUGGUUGCCCUGAGGUGGUGGAGGACUCUUUGCUAAAAAGACUCGAAGAUUUCCCGAGGGUGUCUCACCGGGAUGCCUUUAAACUUCAGGAGCUUAGCGAUCUUCUCCUUGAACUUGAAGUUGCAAAGGCGGACCCACAUUUGGCAGGUCUCAGUGGAAGCGAUGACAGCAAGUCGUGCGCAAAGCUUUGCCUGGUGGAUGUGGCUCACGACUCUGAUCCCAGCAAGACGCUUAGAGCAUACGUAAUCCUGGAUGAGCAAAGUAACCGCUCACUGGUCAAGUCAGAACUCCUUGAUUACUUCCGGGUGAACGGAACUCCUGUCCAGUACACAUUGCGCACCUGUUCAGGCAACACUGCGGUAGCUGGAAGAUCAGCCAACGGCUUCUCCGUACACAGCUUAGCCGGCGAUGUGAAGCUGCAGCUUCCACCUUUGCUCGAGUGCAACGAGAUCCCUGAUAACAGGAGCGAAAUUCCAACUCCGGACGCUGCGCAGAGCUACCCUCAUUUAAGAAAGAUCGCGAAUGAGAUUCCGCCCAUUGACUCAGAAGCCAACAUACAGCUUCUCCUGGGACGAGACAUACUAAGAGCCCACAAGGUGCGCCGGACUCUCAACGGGCCGCACGACGCUCCUUACGCUCAGAAACUCGACCUGGGUUGGGUCAUCGUGGGCGACGUCUGCGCCAACCGCACGCGGAAGGCAACGAGCGUUAACGUGUUCAAGACUCACGUGCUGGAAAACGGACGGCCUUCGCUCUUCGAGCCAUGCUCCAAUCAUUUCUUCGUUAAAGAAACACCGGUCCCCAAGGCUGACGAACUUCCGCCUCCUCAAGGCUCAACCGUAACGGCAGACACAAAAGGCAUCCAUUCCCAUCGGCUAUUUGAAACCACUAAUUCAGAUGAGCAGCGUGCUCUCUCUAUCGAGGACAGAAAAUUUAUUGAAAUGAUGGACAGGGAUUUCGCUCGAAACGAAACCAACAGCUGGGUCGCACCACUUCCAUUCCGCACCCCGAGAUGCAAGCUUCCGAACAACAGACAGCAAGCUCUCUCUCGUCUGUUUUCAUUACGCAGAACGUUGCUAAGGAACCCAGAGACGAGGGAGCGUUUUAUGAGGUUCAUGGAGGAAUUGUUUGUGAGCGGACACGCCGAGGAAGCUCCCCCACUUUGUGAGAACGACGAGCGCUGGUAUCUGCCGAUAUUCGGCGUGUGCCACCCACAAAAGCCCGAUCAGAUAAGGGUAGUUUUCGAUUCAAGCGCUCAGCACGAAGGGGUCUCUCUAAACAGCGCCCUACUGACUGGUCCUGACAUGACAAACAAUCUUGUCGGAAUCUUGGUGCGCUUCCGGGAAGAACCGGUGGGAGUAAUGGCAGAUGUCCAACAAAUGUUUUACAGUUUCACGGUUCGAGAGGACCAUCGAGACUUCCUGAGGUUUCUCUGGUUCAGAGACAACGACUUGAACAGAGAGAUAAUUGAGUGCCGAAUGAAAGUGCAUGUUUUCGGCAACAGCCCAUCGCCCGCCGUAGCUACCUACGGGCUUCGACGAACAGCCCGAGAGGCUGUUCAGCAGUUCGGAGAGGACGCAAAGAAGUUUGUCGAAAGAGACUUCUACGUGGACGAUGCCCUGAAGUCGUUUCCAACCGAAGAGGAUGCCAUUGGCCUGUUAAAGACGACGCAACAAAUGCUUGCAUCUGCUAACAUUCGGCUGCACAAAAUAGCCUCAAACAGGCAGAACGUUUUGCUUGCGUUCCCAUCCGAGGACCACGCGAAAGGUUUGCAAAACCUCGACUUCAGCGCUGACCCAUUGCCCACACAGAGAAGCCUUGGCUUGCUUUGGGACGUACGCGACGACAGCUUCGUUUUCCGGGCCCCACUUCAGGACAAGCCAUACACUCGGAGAGGGGUAUUAUCGACUGUCAAUAGCCUAUACGACCCGCUGGGUUUUGUAGCUCCAGUCACGGUGCAAGGAAAACAUCUGCUUCGCGAGCUGACUGCAGAAGGCUACGACUGGGACACUCCUCUCUCGGAGGACAAGCGGCGACAGUGGGACGACUGGAAAACCUCGCUUCACGCAUUACAUGAUCUCCGAAUCGCACGAUCGUAUGCACCAAUGUCGCUACGCGAGGCCCGAUGCAAAGAACUUCACGUCUUCUCGGACGCGUCCACGAAAGCGGUAGCAGCAGUAGCAUAUCUGCGUGUGAUCGACGUAGACGGGGGCAAACACAUUGGAUUUGUUAUGGGAAAGGCCAAACUGACCCCUCAGCCAGAACACACCAUACCAAGGCUUGAGUUGUGUGCAGCGGUGCUUGCGGUUGAAAUGACUGAUUUCAUCCUACGAGAGUUAGACUUUCGGCCGGACUCAGUUGUAUUCUACACAGACAGCAAGGUGGUUUUGGGAUAUAUUUUCAACGAGACCAGGCGGUUCCACGUGUACGUAGCCAACAGAGUCCAGCGCAUUCACAAGAGCACGCGACCGGAGCAGUGGAAGUACGUCCGCACGGACGAAAAUCCGGCGGACCACGCCACGAGAAUGGUGCCAGCGACGCGGCUCAAGGGCACGAACUGGUUCACGGCACCAGACUUCCUUUCGCGGCAUGAGACAGAUCCCGCAACACAGGAUUUCGUCCUCGUGGAUCCUGAUCAUGACAAAGAACUGAGGCCCGAGGCCAGCACGUUUGUUACCAAGGUGAACGUAAACGAACGACUCGGAUCCAACCGCUUCAGUAGGUUUUCAAGCUGGCAAUCACUACAACGCGCUGUCGCCAGUCUGAUCCGCGUAGUACGGCAGCGGGGAAAAGAGCCCCAGCCAGAGGCAGAUGCUGUGCAGCUGCUACUGAGGGCCAAGACUGUCGCAAUUGGGGCAGUGCAGCAGGAUGCUUUCUCCGAGGAGAUACACUGCAUUCGUGAGCAAAAGUCACUUCCUAGAAAUAGCCCACUCCGAAAACUCGAUCCGUUUCUCGACGCACGCGGUUUGCUUCGCGUCGGCGGCCGCUUGAACAAAGGCGACUUUCCGGAUGACGAAAGAAACCCCCUGAUAAUCCCGGGCCGGCACCAUGUCGCGACACUCCUUGUGCGUCACUACCAUGAGCGUGUGCAACACCAAGGCAGACACUUUACUGAGGGCGCCAUUCGGUCGGCUGGUUUCUGGCUAAUCGGAGGCAAGAGGUGCAUCUGCUCAGUGCUGUCGGGUUGCGUUUUAUGCAAGAAGCUCAGGGGACGCUUCCAAGAGCAGAAAAUGGCCGACCUUCCAAAAUACCGGCUCAGCGAGGAUCCUCCCUUCACAAACGUUGGCAUUGACGUAUUUGGUCCAUGGACCAUCGCUGCCCGCCGAACAAGAGGUGGAAUAGCCAACAGCAAGCGCUGGGCAGUCAUAUUUACUUGCCUCAGCAUUCGCGCCGUGCACAUUGAAGUUAUCGAAUCACUCGACACGACAGCCUUCAUCAAUGCCCUUCGUAGGUUCUUGGCAAUACGAGGACCUGUCAAGCUGAUACGUUCUGACUGCGGAACAAACUUCGUCGGAGCGUGCAGGGAACUAGGAAUCAACGCCAAGAGCCUCGAUAGUUCAGAUGUUGGCAACUUCCUUAGCGAAAACGGCUGCACGUGGGCAUUCAACCCACCACAUGCUUCUCAUAUGGGCGGAGCGUGGGAGCGGAUGAUUGGAAUCACACGCCGCAUCCUUGACUCUAUGCUCAUUCAGAACAGGCACCAUCACCUUACGCACGACAUGCUUGCGACCUUCAUGGCGGAAGUGUCCGCCAUCAUCAAUGCCAGGCCCUUAGCCCCCGUAUCAUAUGACCCCGAAGAUCCCUAUCUUCUCACUCCAGCAACUCUCCUGACACAAAAACAGGGGAACAACGCGCCAGCUCCUGGAAAAUUGGACACAGGCAACCUAUACAAGCGGCACUGGCAACAAGUGCAGGGCCUCGCUAAUGGUUUUUGGAAGCGCUGGCGCACUGCCUUCCUCUCAACUUUGCAGCAACGGCGCAAGUGGCAACAAGCAAAGCCUAACCUAAAGAAAGGCGAUGUCAUCUUGUUAAAAGAUAGCCAGGCCGCCCGCAGCGACUGGCCUGUGGGAGUCGUGACACAAAGUUUUCCUAGCACGGAUGGAAGAGUGCGAAGAAUAGAGGUCAAGGCAGUUAGAAAUGGAGCUGUGAAGACGUUUUGCAGACCCGUCACGGAGGUUGUGCUUCUUGUGUCGCCAUGA